CAGAGCAAAUAGCGGCUCCAAGCUGCAGGAAGACACACGGAGCUUAGGAGCCGAGGAGCCGAGGAGCGGACAAACAACUAAUAGUCGCGGUAAAUUUGGCCUCCGCUCCCCGCCUGCUGCGCCAUGAGUGUCGGCGCCCCGCGAGGCCUGGCCAGCUCGGGGCAGAAGCACCUCGCAGACAUUGUCCACCCGCUGUCCGCCGCCGAGGAGCCUCUGUCCCCGGGGCCACAUGGCAGCGUCACCCCUGGGGGCCACAAGGAGGCAGGGCUGUCCAAUGGCACGCCAGUGGACACGCCGAGUCCCGCCUCUACGUCCUCACUGUUCAACAGGCUGCAGCUGGACGACGACCUGGAAUCCGACCCACGAGACCACUACGUUUCCACUGAAACCCGUGAUCUGUUUGUCACGGUGGACGACCCAAAGAAGCACGUCUCUACCAUGGAGACCUACAUCACCUACAGAGUGUCCACAAUGACGACACGGAUGGAAUUUGACCUGCCCGAUUAUUGCGUGCGGCGACGGUAUCAAGACUUCGACUGGCUGAGGAUGAAGCUGGAGGACAGCCAGCCCACCCACCUCAUCCCCCCUUUGCCAGAGAAGUUUGUGAUGAAGGGCGUGGUGGAUCGUUUUUCGGAAGAGUUUGUGGAAACGCGCAUGAAAGCGCUGGAUAAGUUCCUCAAACGGGUUGCAGACCACCCGGUCCUCUCCUUCAAUCCACAUCUUAACGCUUUCUUGUCUGCCAAGGACCUGAACAAGCGUCAAGGCCUGGCACUGCUCACCAAAGUGGGCGAGUCAGUCAAGCACGUGGCCGUUGGAUACAAGCUGCGGGCGCGGCCUCCCGACUUCUGCGCCAUGGGAGAGUACCUGGACACAUUCAGCCAGAAACUGGGGACCAUCGACCGCAUCGCUCAGCGAAUCCUCAAAGAGCAGUCAGAGUACCUGACAGAGCUGCGUGAGUACAGCACCAUGUACUCCAGCUGGGCGGGCUCGGAACAGGAGCUGCGGUGUCCCCUGGAGGGUGUGGCCAGCUCUGUGACCACGUCCUGCGGGGCCAUGGAUGACCUUAGUGAGAACAUCUGCCAAGACAUCCUGCCUGUGCUACGAGAGUACAUCCUUUACAUCGAGUCCAUGAAGAACGUUUUGAAGAAACGCGACCAAAGUCAGGCAGAGUACGAGGGACGCCUGGAAGCGGCCGUACUGCGCAAACAAGAGGACAAAACACCUAUGCCGGCUGAGGUGGAGCGCUGCCAGGACAAAAUGGAGUGUUUCAAUGCUGACUUGAAGGCCGACUGGGAGCGCUGGCAGAGCAACAAGCGACAGGAUUUCAAGCAGCUUCUGAGUGGCAUUGCAGAUAAAAACGUCAACUACUAUGAGAAGUGCCAAACAGCGUGGGAGUCUCUGGUUAGUGUCCUGCAGGACAAACAGACUGAGGACCAGCCAAGUCCUGCAGGACAAACAGACUGAGGUCCAACCAAGUCCUGCAGGACAAACAGACUGAGGACCAACCAAGUCCUGCAGGACAAACAGACUGAGGACCAGCCAAGUCCUGCAGGACAAACAGACUGAGGACCAGCCAAGUCCUGCAGGACAAACAGACUGAGGACCAGCCAAGUCCUGCAGGACAAACAGACUGAUGACCAACCAAGUCCUGCAGGACAAACAGACUGAGGACCAGCCAAGUCCUGCAGGACAAACAGACUGAGGACCAGCCAAGUCCUGCAGGACAAACAGACUGAGGACCAGCCAAGUCCUGCAGGACAAACAGACUGAGGACCAGCCAAGUCCUGCAGGACAAACAGACUGAGGACCAGCCAAGUCCUGCAGGACAAACAGACUGAGGACCAGCCAAGUCCUGCAGGACAAACAGACUGAGGACCAGCCAAGUCCUGCAGGACAAACAGACUGAGGACCAACCAAGUCCUGCAGGACAAACAGACUGAGGACCAACCAAGUCCUGCAGGACAAACAGACUGAGGACCAGCCAAGUCCUGCAGGACAAACAGACUGAGGACCAGCCAAGUCCUGCAGGACAAACAGACUAAGGACCAACCAAGUCCUGAAGGACAGACUGAGGACCAACCAAGUCCUGAAGGACCAACCCAGUGAGACAGACUGAAGCCUUUUUCUUUUUGUCACGCCAACAUUGACUGAGGACUUUUUCCUUGAUGGAAGUGACUUUGGGACCACUGGGAGAAGAGACUUUGUUUUUGCUGUUGUUGUUCCAUUCCUUUCUUUCUUACCUCAUCUCACCUGCUAACAGUUGCCAAGCUAAGAAGGAAUGUGUCAGUCUUUUCUACUUUCAGCGUGACAAAGUCACUCUGUUUACAAGCAACUCCUGAAACUCAAUCAACCCCCACCUUAAUUGCUAAAGAUUGUUCUCUAAAUGUCCAAACAUUUGUUGUAUUUUUUCCAUCCAGUUAUGUCCGAUUACUUGACAAAUCCAUUUUCAGCUUUGGAAGAAGUUGUGUGUCAGAUGUGUUGAGUGACACAGCAGCUUUCAGUAAGAUGUCAGAUGUGUUGAGUGACAAGAUCACUAAGACCUAAAGGCUGUGCUCCAUCAGGGGAGGCAUCCAUCUUACAAUAGUUGGGAGACUAAAUCACUUUUGCUAACUAGAGAAUCUUGUCUAGUUUGUCAUGUCAGCUGUGGAUGAAGGACAAGGAACCUGAAUCAGAUGUUGAAGUUCUGAUCAAACACUGACAUCUAGCGGCCAACAAGAGAACAGACAUUUUUGAGGUUUUUUUUUUGCCAAUGCAUCUCAGUUGUAUCGUUCCAUUGUUGAAAAGCCUUUUAUAAGAAGUACAUGUUAUUAUAAAUAUCUCCAGUUUAUUUCUAAAUAACUUCAAGAAAGCAUAAUAUCCUAAGUGAAGUAUUCACUGCCGCACACCACAAUAGUAAAUAUAUACUGUAUAUAAAGACUGGGAUUUUGAUACAUGUCUUGUUUAUCUCUUUAGAUGGCUCACACAUGCAUUGCCAACUAUAAUAACUUUGUCAGUGUUUCACUUUCUUCUAUUCAUGCUAAAAGUUGCUUGAUCAUCACAUACAAAGCAAAUGGUCACUUGGGUAUUAGUGAUUGGACUUCACAGAUCUCCUUUAUUCUCCACAAUGAAGAGCUUAGUUAUUAUAUAAACUACAGCUGGGCUACACAAAAGUUGACCCUAUCUUUCAAUGCAAUGUAAUAAAUGCAGCAGUUAUUUUUUGUAAGAAACUAACAAAAAGCAGCUUUGUUUACUUAUUUUGGUUGCCUUGUCUCAUUUGUCCCAAACUGACUGCUUGAGUUACUUGCUGUCUUUAGGAUGCCAGGAAACAUUUGCAAUAACAAUACUAAGCUAAUAUAUUUACAAAAAGAUGUUUUGUGUAUGUUCACCAAGCCAAUGUGAAGCUCCAUGGAAUCAUUGAUUGCUUUAUCUCAGCGUGGGAACUAACUAACCUUUGUUUGUUUUCUUCAAGCUACAAAUAAGAAGAUGACUCAUGAAAGUGUAAAGAGUUUUGUUUUGUUGAAAUGUCAAACAAAUAAGCCCAAAUGUCAUCAUCGGAAUCACAAGAGAAAUAUGAUCAAUUGAACUUACUUAGUCUUUUUCUACAUAUUGUACAUCUUGUCACAAUAUAUAAAUAUAUACAAAGCUUGUAUAUUGAUGUUGU